AUGAAUAAUCAAUGGAAAAAAUAUUUAUUUUGGUUUGCUCAAGAACACAUUGAUUUUCGUACAGCUGUAAGUAAUUCUUUAUUUAAUUCAUUUAAUUUUUAUUUGUCUGCUCCAUAUAAUUUUUACAUUUAUUCUUUUUAGGAAAUACAGUCUAUUUUAUCUAUGUUUGGUGUAAAUAUUUAUACUCAUCCUAAAUUAGAAACACAUGUAAGAAAAUAUAAUUAUUACAAUAAUAUAAUUUAAUACAUUUAUUUAUGCACAAGUAAUUUUUAUUAUAGCCUUAUUGGAUAGUUAAUUUACCCUCAGAAAACCUAGUGCAUGAGAUUGCAAGUAGAGCAGUCUGUGUGCGAUUUUGUAUGGAACUAUGGGCUAAUAGUAAACAAGCUGAAGACUUGCAUAAUAAGUUAAAAACUUAUCCAAUUUCAGAAAUUAAAAAAUAUGCAGGAUCACAUAAAUCCUUUAAAGUAAUAGUUGAGACAUUUUGUAAACACUUUUCACAAGGUGAAAAAGUAAAUAAAAUUGAAUCUUUCAGUUAUUUACCAUUGGAAGGAUCAGUAAGAUUAAAUAAUCCAGACACAACAUUCUAUUAUAUAGAAUUUUAUGGAUUAGAUCCUAAUAACAUUCCUAAAGAACCAUAUGAAUUAUUUUUUGGUAGAUGGAUUACAAGUGGACAAAGAGAUUUAAUUCGAAAGUUAUCACUGAAAACCAGAAAAUUUAUUGGUAAUACGUCUAUGGAUCCUCAAUUAUCAUUAAUAAUGGCUAAUCAGGCACAAGUUCAAAAAGGAGAUAUUGUUCUUGAUCCUUUUGUUGGUACUGGAUCUCUAUUAGUUGCUGCUUCUCAUUUUGGAGGAUAUACAUUGGGUACAGAUAUAGAUUUUUUAAUGCUUCAUGGACGUACAAGACCUACUAGAAUAUCACAAAAGAUUAGAGAAAAAGACGAAAAUAUUGCUACAAAUAUGAGUCAAUAUGGAAAGAGAUCAUACUAUAUUGAUGUAGUUGUAUCAGACUUUUCUUAUCCUUUAUGGCGUUCUGAUAUGUGUAUAGAUGCUAUAAUUACUGAUCCUCCUUAUGGUAUUAGAGAAGCAACAGAAAGGAUAGGCACAACUAAAUUAAAUCCAGUGAUAGAAGAACAUCAAGCUUCAUCUCAUAUACCAUCAAAAAUUGGUUAUGAUUUACCUCAAAUGUAUAAAGAUUUAUUGACUUUUGCAGCCAAACAUCUUAAAUUAAAUGGUAGAUUAGUAUGUUGGUUUCCUUUAUUUAGAAUAAAAUAUAAAUUAUUAUUUAGAGAUCAAUAUUCAGAGGAUCAGUUACCAACACAUCCCUGUUUGGAAUUAAUAGCUAAUUCAGAACAAAUACUUAGUAAUUAUACUAGUCGCAGGUUAUUGACUUACAAAAAAAUAAAAGAUCCAAAGGAAUCAGAUGAAAUCAAUUCCACUAACUUAAUCGAUUUCCGAGAAAAAUAUUUUGCAUUACGAAAUGAAAGUAGAAGAGAAAAACGAAUGAAGAAAGCUGUAGAAAAAGCAAAGAAUAGAGAACUUUGGGAACAGAAUAAUAAAGAAAAUCCAAAAAGAUGA